UCCUGUGUAAAGGUUGAGAUAUGUAAUCCCUACCCACCAGUGAAGAUGAACAGAACAUUGUUCAGCAAAAUGACUGUCACCAAGUUCUCUCUGGUGUUUUCUGGCUGUUUAGCGACUUUUCUCAUUUGGGAAUGCACAACUGUGAUUUGUCUGGUUAAUGACAAAGUAACCGCACAACCGGCCACAACAAUUACAACAAGACCAACAGCAACGGGGUAUAACGCAACACAAAAAACAGAGGUCGUAGGAAGCCAGCAUUCAUUUGCUUGCGGAAACGUUUCUCACACAUGCAACGAUUAUUGCAGUUUUUGUGAGGAUAUAUAUGGCAAACCAACAAUGGACUGUCUUUCUACUUUACUGGAGUUUAUUUGUCUCCCUCAUUUCAACAAUUCAAUGAAGUCACUAAGCAUGACUGACUGGUGCGUCUGGGAUAAAGUGAGCAGCUUGUACAGCACCUUCAGCCUUUGCACCGAGGAGAUAUCGGACUGUCUCAUCAUCCCAUGGCCAAACUCACUGGUGGAAACAAUGUUUGUCAACAUCCAUUCUGAGUAUUUCAUAAAAUGCCCCACAGAGGAGUUUAGUGACCCACCACCGGCCAUCGUGUUUGCGCUGGUGAUCACUCCCAUCUGCCUGAUACCAGUUAUGGUCAGCCUGGUGGUGCUCAAGACCAAAAAUGGAGACGGUACCUCCUGAUUGAAGCACUAAAUAUGACAUUUGAUAUACAUUUUUUGUCCAUCCUGAAAACUGCUUUACCGUACUUAGACUGCCGUUGAUGCCUAUUUUUGUCCAAUAAUCAUGCCGACGUCUCAGUCUUUCUCGACUAAAUGGAGUUACUGCUCUGCUGCUUCAAAGGAUGACUGUGAAAUGACAAACAUCUUCGUCAAAAUGAUCUGUGUGAUGUUGAAUAACAGUUUCCUAUUUACUGUUUUUUGUACUUUAAAGAGGUGGUUUAAAUUUUUGUAAGUGGGGUUCUUUAGAGUCGACAUCAGCUGUCAGUAUCUUGCCUGCGAUGGAAAAUGCUCAAAACUCCUCUUAAAGAAACAUAAGUUUUGGAACAGUUUCAGUAAUUAAAAUUUAAUAGCAACUCAUUAAGGUUAUUUUUUUGUUAGGUGGUUAUUUUUAACAUGAAAAUGCAUGGCUAUUUACACUGAAAAAUGUACUGAUCCAUGGUCCGUAACAGUUUUAUGUGAAACAUAUUAGAACAAGGAAUUUAUUAGGUAUAACUGGUCAGUGUGAUCUGAUUUGAUGCCAAAGUAAUAGAAUGUGAUAUAUCCAAACAGCAGUGUUUGCUCAAACUACUACUGACCAUGAGGUGGUUCUUCAAUGCAAAUAAAACUGCAAGAGGGAAAUGUGUAAUUACUUAUAACAGAGUUCCAGCGAAAUACUGUAAGGGAUCGGUUUUUAUCCUUGCUUCACCAGAACUCCAUGUUAGCAAGAAUUUCCAAACUUUUGACCCUUUAUUUUUAAACUGGAAGGAGUUUACUUUGUUAAAACACUGACUGCUGGCAGUUACUCUACAGAACCCUACCUCAAUAUCCCAAACUUUCACUUUAGGAAGAUGCUGUGAAAAGUUGUUUUGUUCUUAAACCAACCUAGUUACAAUGCUGCGUUCUGUUUGUACUCAAAAGUUGGAUUUUCUGAGUUCCCAGACAGGAAUACAAUGGAAAUAGCCGCAUACAUUCAAAAGUACAACUUGGAAAGUUGGAUCUCUCUCUCUCUCCAUAUAUAUAUAUAUAUAUAUAUAUAUAUAUAUAUAUAUAUAUAUAUAUAUAUAUAUAUAUAUAUAUAUAUAUAUACAUGGAAAGAAACACACCAUUAUCACCUUGUAUUGCUGUCUUUGGUUAGCACUACAACAAUUAGCGAAUCCCAGGGGUUUUCCAAGUUUGCAGCUGGAAUGCGUCCCCCUCUAAUGUGACGUCAUUCUCAGAUCCAGCCUCCAAAGCAAACAGCACGCAGCAUGGGUAUUCACUCAACCAGUAUCAGCUCAAUAUUCUGGAAUCAAAGCUUAAUAUAUAGCAGAAACAUAUAUUCAAUAAUAUUGGUGAUGACAAAGGCUUCAGAGCUUGCCGUUGUGAAAGUAAAAUCUAAUUUUUAGUGACAGUCCUUAUGGUAGGUAUUAGCUUUUGACUUUUAUUUCCAAAGAAGCAACAUCUCUUUUUGCUGCUCAAACUGAACUCUAUCUCGAAUUUGAUCCACGUUUGGUCUAAACGCAUGUUCGGAUGACAUGAAAUUGAGAAUGGUUGAAUGUAUUAAUCUAGUCUGGAUGAGAGGUUUUGGGGCAAAGGUUGAAGCAGCUGGAGCUCAAUCAAAAGGGAGGGACCACUGAGGUAGAUCUUCAGUUACUGUUUUUCUUUCGACAGCAGGAAUUCUGCCUCCUGAUAUUAUCAGUUUAUAAGGAAACAACUGAUAGUUUAUCCGAGCCAGACAAAAGACAUUUUUUAUUGUCUGUGCAGAUUAGUUAUAUACACUGAGCGAUGACAAGAAGAAAAACCCGAGUUUCUUUGCAACAACACAAUAGCGUGUUCAGUUGUGCAUGACAGUAAAGCUACAGCAAGUGCUUUCAGAUUUGAAAACAAAAUGUGUAUUUAUAUGCAUUAUUUUAACUUUGUCAUUGUCAAGUAAAAAUGGAUGUAAUGGAUGUCUGAAAGGAGUCAUUCAGUCUGUUCUUCCACCAUACACAGCGUACAUCCUGUUUAUAUCCUUUCUUUUUCAUUGUGUAAACUAUUAAAUGUACUUUUGGAUGGUGAACUGUUUCUGGUUGUUCACUUGGCCGGGCUGCAGGUUUGAUCACGGGGGGAAAAGUGUAACUUUUAUGUGAGAGACCAGGCAUUCAAGAAUAUAUACUAACAGGAUUGCUGCAUCAUUCUGCUGAAGGAACCUUCUCAGCUUUGUCUACGUUUGAUGAACCACCACAUGUGGCCUAGCCCCCUCCCUGCAGGUAGUGUUUCAUGAUAUCUUCAGCGAGCAGUAUAUUGUGCUAUAGUUUUUGUGCAGUGGGAGCCCUGAUGUAGUGAAGGAAGCCAUGACAGCAGCCAUGUAUCACACCCUCAUCUGGCACACACACUGCACUGUGGGCCUCUGUUUAAUUUAGAGAGUGUGUGCUUGUGUCUCUGGGUUGGGCUGUGUGGGAAAGUGUGUUUGGUGACCUUUCUUCCUCUCUAGACAUGGGGUCAUCCUCACCACCUCUCCCACACCCAUCCUCCCUUUCUGAUCUCAUCCAGUUUUGUGUCCCUCCCUAUUUUCUUUUCACAGCAAACUAAACAUUAGCCUUUAUAACGCAAGGUGUGGAUGCAUAUGUAUUUAGAGGUAUAUAACAUUAGUUGUCAUCAAAAAACAGCAUCUGCGUGUUAUUCACACGUUAACCAAUAAUACCAAAGUGGAUUGUAAAACUCCAGAGUGCGAAACAUUGCCCCCUUGUGGCUUUACAUUGAUUUGUAACAAACUUUAAUGUUUGAGAAUUAAGUGAUUUGACUGUCAUCUGCCAUUUUGUGCAAUGAAUGAACCUUUUACAAUGCUCAUAUUUAUUGGCUUCCCUGGUGUGGAUGUGUAAAAGUCUUAAAAUGCAGUUAUUUGUAGGACUUUAAAAAAAAGAUAAAAAAAAAAGCUGUGCCACACUUCUCAAGACCCCUAAUCAUAUCCAUCAAAUAAAUGUAAGUGAAGCAUUUAGUAAUUAAUAUUUUACCUUCUUGUUCAGAGAGUCGUUAAGCUUUUAAUCAAUAAUAAAGGAGUUCUUGUUCCAGUAAUAUAUAAAUAUGACGUGAGAUACAGGCCCGUUGCUUUUAGCUGCUAUGGUGAAGAGAAGAGAGCAUAUGAUUAAAGUAUGGUGUGCAAACAUCUUAGUUCAUGAAAUAAUGAAAAUAACAUACUUGUUUAUAAAUGUGUACAUAUCUAUAGACUUACUCUACUGCUCAAAGGUUUGAGGUCAUAAAACCACACCAAACAAACAAAACUAAACUAAAACUCACGUUUUAUUAAUCAUGCUUGGUCAAUGUUUGUGCUGUCCCCCAGGGGUCAGUAUUGGGACCAAACCUGUUGAAUAUGUAUAUUAAUGAGAUAAGCAGUUUUUAAGUUUCUAAAAUACUAAACUUUGUUCUGUUUGCAGAUAAUACUAAUAUCUUUUGUACAGGUGACAAUUUUCAGCAGCUUAUGGCUGAAAUCCACCUAGAGUGAGGCUGAUUAAAGAUAUGGUUUUGAUAUGGAUAUUAAUAAAUCAUCAUUAAACUAGGAUAAAAG